UAAUCGGACUAGGAGCAGCCGACACAUGGGCCAGGCUUGCGCGCGGGCCAGCCUCGCAGCGACACAGUGGGCGCGUGCUUCUGUCCGGGUGAAAGGACCACGUCCGCUGCGUCGUGCGAGAGAAAGGCAGCGACCGAGAAAAUAUCUCCUCUCUCUCCCUCCUUCCCUCCUCUUCUCCAGUUCUCCAUGCCGUCGCCGCCGCCGCCGCCGCCGCCUUCUCCUCUUCCCCGUCCCUCACGGCCGCCUCGCCCCCUCCGCCUUCAGCGCCUCCUCCUCCUCCCCUUCCUCUCCUCCUUCCCUGCCUCCGGAUCCAGACCACGUGAUGCGGACGAUGCAGCGCCAUGGAUUAGUCCUGCUGCAAGAGGUGGCUGGAGAAGAUGAGAGGGAGAGAGAGAAGGAAGGAGCGGAGGGAGAAAGAGAGAGGAAAGAGUAGCUGGAGGUGCGUCGGCCGGCGUGCGCGCUGGCAAGGUUGGGCGGGACCUGGCGGUUGGCGGCGGCUCGAUCCACUCCUAAUCGGGAGCCGAGCCUGCAUCUCCGCCACUUCGCCUUGUUUCUCUCUCCACCGCCACCUCUCCUCGCCUCUCCUUCCAAUGUCGGCCGCCGCCGCCCUCCCCGUACCUCCCCCUCAUGGCUCCUCUCUUUAUCACCGGCGCCAUGGCUGUGCUCGGAGGAGGACCGCCGAUGCCAGGUUGACGAGGAUGAUGAGGUAACUGUUGGCGAGGGCAAAGCGAAGUCGUCAGAUCCGUCACCACCGCUAUUCUCCUACUCACCACCGCCGCUGUUCUCCUACUCGCCGCCUCCGUCGUCCACAUGCUCCUCCUCACGACCAUGAAAGUUGGCUGAGGUCUAGCCUCCCAUCCAUACGCAGUUUUUCAGAUUAUGCAAGUAUAUGCUUGGUCUGCAUAUUAGUACCGGCUAGCAAGCACAGGAACGACGACUUGGACACAAAGAAGAUGCUUCUGGCCUACUACAUGAACUCGUUCUUGCCGACUUUAUCCUCUGUUUAUUUGCUCCGCGAGGUUGUUUGUUGGUUCGUGGGACGUCUGUGUCGUUAACCAACAAGGCGUUGUUAUCAUUACUUCCUCUCCCCUCGCUGGCUCGUCAUCUGCUUGCUAUCAAGUUUGCCAAGUUUCUGCUGUGGUUCAGUUCACGUGACGCCUUGCACCCUGCCUUUCUUCUUGCCAAGAUGACAGCAGUUAAACAAGAAGAAGCAGACACAACCAGUGAUAUCAGCGGUAGCCAAAUUACCCAUGCCGAACCACUGUGUCGCAAGCACAAUAAGCCAUUCGAGUAUAUUCAUCGCCCACGCAAAGCAGGUUCAAUCCAAAAGUUCAAAGGCAAGAAAAUCCAACUAAAGCCUGGAAAGUACAUUCUCCGUGACUGCGAAAGAUCAUCCGCAGCACCACCAGAGACAUUUGCAACAAACGACAAAAGAAUGACGGGACUACCGCUGUCACAACCGCUUUAUCAAGGGUGUUUGACAAAAGAGCCACCAUUGGCUGGAGAACUUCUUCCCUCAGGCACACAUGAGCAAAGGGCAAGCAUAUGCUUUCGCCUUCAAAUGCACUUCUAAGGGACUGCGCCUGAUCGUCUACUCAAUAUAAGCAAGUUGCAAGAGCCGCUUGUUAUAUAACUUAAUGUUAGUAUAAAUGCCUACCAAGACUUUGUGUUUAUCAUCCUUUUAGAUCUUAUGUAAUUCCUUAAGGCCAUCCUGCGUGUUUAACUAUCGGCUAUUUCUUGCUUAGACUGUUGUGUUGUAUGCUUUUAAAACAGCAAUGAUAAAAGAAAUAUAUGCUCACUCUUCCAAUA